CUGUAGAGUUCUGGGGAGACAUCGCCAAAGAUUUCUUCUGGAAGACCAAACACACGGGUCAGUUCCUCGACUACAACUUUGACGUGACCAGGGGAGAAAUCUUUGUCAAGUGUAUGGAUGGAGCCUCCACCAACAUCAGCUACAACCUGCUGGACCGCAACGUCCACGAGAGGAAACUGGGCGAUAAAGUGGCCUUCUACUGGGAAGGAAACGAGCCCGGCGACGAGCUGACGGUGACGUACAGAGAGCUGCUGCAGAGGGUCUGUCAGUUCGCCAACGUCCUGAAGUCCCAGGGCGUGAAGAAGGGCGACCGCGUGUCCAUUUACAUGCCCAUGGUGGUGGAACUGGUGGUAGCCAUGUUGGCGUGUGCCCGCAUCGGAGCCGUUCACUCCAUCGUGUUCGCAGGUUUCUCUGCUGAGUCUCUGUGUGAGAGGAUCAUGGACUCCCAGUGUUCACUGCUCAUCACUGCAGAUGGUUUCUAUCGAGGAGACAAGCUGAUCAACUUGAAGCUCUUAGCUG